AUGCAGCCUGGUCUGAGUGACUAUGCUGUUAACCCUUUUUCUGGAUUUGAUCAUCUAAAAUUUACCGUCACCAACGCUAAGCAAGCCGCCUCUUAUUAUACUACCCGUCUUGGAUUCAAGCAUGUCGCCUAUCGUGGUCUCGAAACCGGUUGCCGCAAUGUCGCUUCCCAUGUUGUCCGUCAAAAUGACACUACCUUUGUCUUUGAAAGCCCCAUCCAGCCCCAUGAGAUGACCGAAAUGGCCGCCGAAAUCGCUCGUCGAGGUGAUGGCGUCAAGGAUAUUGCUUUUACUGUAAAGGACUGCAGGGCCACUUAUGAGAAAGCUAUUGCUCGUGGUGCAAAGUCGAUCUCGGAACCUCAAGAGUUCACCGAUGAAGACGGCACCGUCAUCAUGGCCACCUUAGCUACCUAUGGUGAUGUUCAGCAUACAUUGGUUGAACGCCACAACUACAAGGGCAUCUUUUUGCCUGGCUACAAGAAUUCAUCGGAAGCUUUACGGUACCAUGACCCCUUGGAGGAAAUGCUCCCUCCUGUGCCACUUGGCUUUAUUGACCAUGUCGUUGGUAAUCAGCCUGAUGACAUGAUGAACCCUAUUGCCGAUUUCUAUGAAAAGGUGUUUGACUUUCAUCGCUUCUGGUCCGUCGAUGAUAAGCAGGUCUACACCGAAUACAGCGCUUUGCGCUCCGUCGUGAUGGCUGAUCCCGAAGAGAGAAUCAAGGUUCCCAUCAACGAACCUGCCGUUGGAAAGAAGAAGUCCCAGAUUCAAGAGUUUGUCGAUUUCUAUGGUGGUGCUGGUGUGCAACACAUUGCUAUCAACACGCCCGACAUCAUUACAUGUAUUAUCAAUAUGCGCAAGCGUGGAUGUGAUUUCUUGACCAUCCCUGACACGUAUUAUGAGAAACUGCGAAAGGCCCUGGCCGUGCACAACAAGACGGCCAAGCGACCCAUUACCGAAGAUUUGGAUGUCUUGCAGAAACUCAAAAUCAUGGUGGACUAUGACGAAAAUGGCUACCUGUUGCAAAUUUUCACACGACCCCUGGAAGACCGUCCCACCGUCUUUGUGGAAAUCAUCCAGCGUAACAACCACAACGGUUUCGGCGCCGGCAAUUUCAAGAGUCUUUUCGAAUCCCUCGAAAUGGAGCAAGAAUUGCGUGGUAACUUGACCGAUAUGAAUCCCCCCGAAGCCGCUCCCAGCAACUAA